UACAAGGUCCUCCCAGUGCUUUGUGUCAAUAUCAAGAGCCCUUAAUUCAAUUUUACAGACAUCUUUGAAUCGCAGCGGUGGCCGUCCGGUGUUUCUCUUUCCUGAGAUCAGUUCUCCGUAGAGUAGGUCUUUGAGAAUUCAAGCAUCCCCCAUGCAAUUGAAAUGGCCUAUAGCCAGAUAGCGUAGUAGGUGAACAUGGUUGGAAGGCCAGAACGAGACAGAACUUUAGUACUGUCCCUCCAUGGUAUGCCCAGGAUGCGAAGAAUACACUUUAUGUGGAAGGCAUUAUUUAGCCCGUUCUCCCGCUUGGCAUAGGUGGACCACGUUUCGCUCGCAUAGAUAAGUGUGCUGAGGACGCAAGUAUUGUACACGUCCAUCUUGGUCAUGACAGAUAGUUUGGGGUUCUUCCAGACUCGAGUGAUGAGAUCCAAUCCUCCUGUCCAAAGGAAGAUUGCUACUGACGGUGGACCCGAGGUAUGUAAAGUGAUUCACAAUCUUCAGUUCGUAACGAUGGUGAUGGCUGAUGGUGCCUCUACGCCCUGACCCAACACUUCUGUCUUCUUGAAGCUGAUGACCAGACCUAAGUCCUAGCAUGCCUGAGAAAAGCGGUCAACCAGGGACUGGAGUCCCUGUUCUGUAUGAGCUGCAAGUCCGGUGUCAUCAGCAACCAGUAGGUCUCUGAUCAGAGCUUCGUGUACCUUUGUUUUUGCCCUAAGGCGGCUGGGGUUGAAUAGCUUGCCAUCUGUUUUUGUACGUACUACAUAUUUCCUUGUUACGGUACCAAAGGCGUGCUUUAGGGUCGUGGCAAAGAAGAUUCCAAACAAUCUUUAUAUGAUGUGACAAUUUGAAACAACGUUAACUAUAAAAAUGAGGAUAACCUUCUCUUACUAUGCAAUGGCAUCUCUGUUUCUCGCUUUUGCAGGAUGGAAAGACAUCACUUCACAUUGCAGCUGAAAAAGGACAUAUUGGUGUUGCUGAACUCCUCCUGAAGGCUGGAGCAUAUGUGAGCAGUAUGGAUUGGUUUGAAGCCACACCACUACGCAAGGCAGCUUCAGGAGGACAUCUUGGUGUUUCUGAACUCCUCCUGAAGGCUGGAGCACGGGUGGACAGCUGGAUUAAGCAUGAACUACUUCACGCGGCAGCUGAAAAGGGAAAUGCUGUUGUUGUUGAACUCCUCCUGAAGACUGGAACAGUUUUUGAACUCCUCCUGAAAACUGGAACACAGGUCGACAGUAGAAAUAAGCGGGAAGCUACACCCCUUCACGAGGCAGCUUACGGAGGACAUGUUGAUGUUGUUGAACUUCUCCUGAAGGCUGGAGCACGGGUGGACAUUACGGAUCGGCGGAAAGCUACACCCCUUCACGAGGCAACUUCAGGAGGACAUGUUGAUGUUGUUGAACUUCUCCUGAAGGCUGGAGCACGGGUAGACAUUACGGAUAAGAAUGGAAGGACUCCGAAGGACAUAGCAGCAGAAUGUAUUGAUGUUUCAUUCUGGGACCUUCCUGUUCGCAUCCAGGAGGGAAGGAAGAGCAUUCUCAAGCUUUUUGCAACAGUGAUGGCGGCUGGCCCUUACAGACGCAUCGUACGCAACUUGGGUCCAGAAGGAGGUGAACUACGAACUGCGUCUUGUACCAUCACUGUGCCGCAUAGGGCCGUUACCAUGGAAACAGAAAUUACCUGUCAGGUCAUCAACCCCAACGACGUCAGUCUUCCCCUGAAGGACGGCGAGAUGCUAGUGAGUGACGUCAUAGAGUUGGGUCCGCCCGGAACAACCUUCCACCAACCUGUUACUGCGCAGAUGACGUACAACAACACUUCGUUAGGUGGCGCCAGAGAGGCUGUCGUGUGGGUCACUGGGGAUAGGUCACAAUGGACGGACCUUAAGACGACUAAAGUAAGCGAGGACAAGGUUGCGGUAUCAGUGGACCAUUCUACCACCUUUGUCGUCGUCAGUCAGCUCAAACAGGACAAGGUUACGGUGUCUACUGAGGAGUGCACUCUGACGUCAUCAACGCAACCUGCGGUACAAAUCAGCUUCCCAGAAGAGGCUGUGACCACACCAACACAGAUCAAUAUACAGGUGCAAGAAGUUCCAGAAAGAGCAGUUGAGGGCUUGAAGGCAGAGGACGAGUCUUCCCGCGGUCUUGUCAGCACCAGCCCGAUAGUCAAGGUGGAAACUGACUCGGGAUCUGCAGUCCAGUUCCAAAAACCAGCCACAGUACGAGUCCCACAUCCUAAUCGUAACAUGGACAUUGGACAUGAGGGGGACACUAAAUUGAAAGUGAUGUCAUAUGAGAAAGGAACUGAAGACUGGUUAGAUGAAACUGAUAACAGUAACCCCCGGGAGUCUGACGAGUUUGUCGAGUUUGAAGUCAGCCAUUGUACCAGUUGGAUUGUAAUCAUUGUCAAGGACAUCUACCAGGGCCCAGAAGAGCUAGGACCAAUCCCAUUAAAGCUCUGCCGAUGGCUUCAAAAUCGCUCCGUACAGUUCAUACUACUGCAGCGGAAGAACAACAUGAAACAAGUCGUUAUAGAAUGUACACUGACUGACAUUGCCAGCGAGAAACGCGCAAGCCUGAUGGAGGAGGGUUAUGAGGCUCCAUUGCCUUCUGGCACAGUGAAUCUGUUCGAAGGACAAAGAGUAGAAAUAAAGUUGGUGGGUAACGUGGAAGUUGCAUUUGGCUUAGGGAGCAACGAAACGAAGCAUCAACUUACCUUUCACAGUCAGCAAAGCAACCGACUCCACAUGCAAGUCAUGGCUUCGAAUGGCCAACCGGGUUUAGAUGGUGAAGGAAUAGCUGCAUUCUUCUCCCUGCCACGCGUGGAAGUCACAAAACAGCAAGGAAUGGCGGCUCGUGCGAGGAAGGCACUUGAAAAAGUCAAGGAAAAGCCCCCAAAAGGGUUUGAGCAGCCAAAGUUCCUGUGCCAGCUCCCAAUCCAUGUGCCGUAUGAGCCUUUAAAACAGACUGAAGAUGAAAGUGCUACUCUUGAAGGUGUCGCGAAAUGCUUUUAUUUCAUCAAGGAAAACGUCAGCACGGACUGGAUGGACUUGGCCUUCCAUCUUGGAUUUAAUGGAGCAGACAUCGCAAACAUCACCGGCAGGAACCGUGACGACAAGUCCCGCUGUAUGGACAUGCUGUGGGAAUGGAAGAAGCGGAAGGGAGGCGCCGCUACCACUGAGGUUCUGCUGAAGGCUCUGUCAAAGGCUGCGCUACAGAGCGUCUUGGAUGGUUUAAGGAACAAAUUUCCAGAUAUCGGUAAGUUUAACGAAGGAAGUCAAUAG